AAUGACUCUUGAUGAAAAACUGGCGGAAAACCAGGAUGAUGUCCAAGAUCUGCCGGAGAAUGAUAUUGAGAAAAAGGGUAGAGGCAAGAAGAAGAAACAAAAAAGGAAGGAAGAUUUAGAUGAUUUAAAGCAAGAAUUGGAAAUGGCAAAAGAACUUUUUGAAAGAUAUGGAACUGAUCCUAAAACUGGUAUGAAACCUGAAAAAGCAAAAGAAAUUCUGGAAAGGGAUGGACCCAAUGAGCUAACUCCUCCAAAAACUACUCCUGAAUGGGUCAAGUUUUGUAAAAAAAUGUUUGGUGGUUUCUCAAUGCUUCUUUGGAUCGGAGCUAUUCUUUGCUUUGUUGCCUAUUCCAUUCUGGCUUCUACUGAUGAAGAUCCUCCAGGAGAUAAUUUAUACCUUGGAAUUGUUCUAACGGCUGUUGUUGUUGUUACUGGAUGCUUUUCAUAUUAUCAAGAGGCAAAAUCAUCAAGGAUUAUGGAUUCAUUUAAAAAUUUGGUACCUCAAUACGCAAUCGUUAUCAGAAAUGGUGAAAAGCUUACGGUUCACGCCGAAGAGCUGGUUCUUGGAGAUCUAAUUGAAGUAAAAUUCGGAGAUCGCGUACCAGCUGAUAUUCGAAUUGUCAGUUCUCACGGUUUUAAAGUCGACAACUCUUCUCUAACAGGAGAGUCUGAACCUCAAUCUCGUGGAGCCGAUUGUACAAGUGAAAAUCCUCUCGAAACAAGGAAUUUGGCUUUCUUUUCAACUAAUGCUGUAGAGGGAACAGCUCAAGGUGUCAUAGUUCAAACUGGCGAUAAAACAGUUAUGGGAAGAAUAGCAAAUCUGGCAUCUGGCUUGGAAAUGGGAGAGACUCCGAUUGCAAAGGAAAUUACCCAUUUUAUACACAUUAUAACUGCUGUUGCAGUGUUCCUGGGAAUUUCAUUCUUUGUAAUUGCUUUUAUACUUGGCUAUGACUGGUUAGAAGCUGUUAUAUUUCUUAUUGGUAUCAUCGUAGCUAACGUUCCUGAAGGUUUACUAGCUACUGUUACGGUCUGUCUAACUCUGACAGCCAAGAGAAUGGCUAGCAAGAAUUGCUUGGUGAAAAAUUUAGAAGCUGUUGAAACUCUUGGUUCAACAUCAACCAUCUGCUCAGACAAAACAGGCACAUUGACCCAAAAUCGAAUGACUGUCGCUCAUAUGUGGUUUGAUAAUAGAAUCUAUGAAUCAGAUACGUCGGAAGAACAAACUAAUGCAACUUAUGAUAAGGACUCUCCUACUUGGAUGGCUUUAGCUAGAAUUGCUAUGUUGUGUAAUAGGGCUGAAUUUAAAUCUGGUCAGGGAGGUAUUCCCGUCUUGAAGAGGGACUGUAAUGGAGAUGCUUCUGAAUCGGCCCUUUUAAAGUGUGUUGAAUUGUCAAUUGGAAAUGUAACAGAGUUUAGAGAAAGGAAUAGAAAAAUCUGCGAAAUUCCUUUUAAUUCUACAAAUAAAUAUCAGGUUUCCAUUCAUGAAACUGACAACAAGGAUGACUCUCGUUACCUGCUGGUGAUGAAAGGUGCCCCUGAAAGAAUUCUCGAUAGGUGCACCUCAAUUUUAGUGCACAACGAGGAGAAACCUUUAUCAGAUGAGUGGAGAGAGGCUUUCAACCAAGCCUACUUAGAAUUAGGGGGUUUAGGGGAAAGGGUUUUGGGUUUUUGCGAUUAUUUCUUGCCGGGAGACCAAUUCCCACCAGAUUUUAAAUUCGAUACUGAACCAGAGAAUUUUACGCUUACAGGUUUAAGAUUCGUUGGUCUUAUGUCUAUGAUUGAUCCACCUAGAGCCGCUGUACCUGACGCUGUUGCGAAAUGUCGGUCGGCUGGUAUUAAAGUCAUUAUGGUAACUGGAGAUCACCCAAUUACAGCCAAGGCUAUUGCGAAAGGAGUGGGUAUCAUUUCGGAAGGAAAGGAAACUGUUGAAGACAUUGCGCAAAGACUAAAUGUAUCAAUUAGUGACGUUAAUCCAAGAGAUGCAGAGGCAUGUGUUGUUCAUGGAUCGGAUUUGAGAGACAUGGUCCCGGCGCAAAUUGACGAUAUUCUACGAAAUCAUUCGGAAAUUGUUUUUGCUCGGACCUCACCUCAACAAAAGCUUAUUAUAGUCGAAGGUUGUCAAAGGCAAGGUCAAAUAGUGGCUGUAACCGGGGAUGGCGUUAAUGAUUCUCCUGCCCUCAAGAAAGCAGAUAUUGGUGUUGCCAUGGGAAUUGCAGGUUCGGACGUUUCAAAGCAGGCUGCUGAUAUGAUUCUGUUGGAUGACAACUUUGCGUCAAUCGUCACGGGCGUAGAGGAGGGACGCUUAAUUUUCGACAAUUUGAAAAAGAGUAUAGCUUACACACUAACAUCAAACAUUCCGGAAAUAUCGCCUUUCCUAAUGUUCAUAUGCUUAGAUAUACCAUUACCCCUUGGAACAAUUACUAUCCUUUGUAUAGACCUUGGAACUGAUUUGGUACCGGCGAUCUCUUUGGCAUAUGAACAAGCUGAGUCAGACAUAAUGAAAAGAAAACCCCGCGAUCCAAUUCACGACAAACUCGUCAAUUACAGGCUCAUUAGUAUGGCAUACGGUCAAAUUGGAAUGAUGCAAGCCUCUGCUGGUUUUUUCGUUUAUUUUGUCAUCUUUUCAGAAUUGGGUUUUUGGCCAAGUCGUUUAGUUGGUAUUCGCAGAGAAUGGGAUUCGAAAAGCAUAAGCAAUUUAGAAGACUCUUACGGGCAGCAGUGGACGUACGCCCAGAGAAAAGUAGCCGAAUAUACCUGUCACACUGCAUUCUUUGUUUCCAUUGUAAUCGUACAAUGGGCCGAUUUAUGUAUCUGUAAGACUAGAAGAAAUUCAAUAAUUCAUCAAGGAAUGUUUAACAAUCACUUAACAUUCGGAUUGUUCUUCGAGACGGCCUUAGCGGCAUUUUUGGCUUAUUGCCCAGGCUUAGAUAAAGGAUUAAGAAUGUAUCCGCUAAGAUGGACCUGGUGGAUACCUCCUAUACCCUUUUCCCUGCUAAUUUUUGUCUACGAUGAAGUUCGUAAAUACCUACUAAGAAAAUAUCCAAGAGGCUGGAUAGAGUUUGAAUCGUAUUAUUAG